AUAGUCAAAAACGUCAUGAACGGAUCGGCAUACAGUUCCAAUGAGGUGCCCUUUGCAACACCUUCAAGGCCGCCAGCUCUAAUUUCUAACCUCAUUCGAGAAAUGUGCUACAAAGAGCUAAUGGAAAAGCAGACUCUGGAGCCCGUCACCUCGCCGGUGCCAAAUGCAAGGUCUGCAGUCGCUUUACCGGCGGACAGUUCAUCGAGUAACGCAUCUCCAGUUGAAACGCCCAGAAAUUCUGUCCGAAUUAAGAAGAGUAGCUUAAAGCGAAAGGCACACUUGCCUGCCAGACGUCUCCUUGAAACAGCCAAUUCAGCAGCAGCGUUGAGGAAGUCUGUCACAAAGCAGUCCAUGUUUUCAGUCAAGAAAAGUCCAAAACCUGUCGAGAAGGACAGCCCUCUUACAUCUGUGGGUCAGCUGUCGCCCGUCUCACGGAUGCUGACCGAAAAGAAAACGCCGGAGAGCUCAGAAGCUGAACGACUCAAGACUCCACUAAAAUCAUCGCUCUACAGCCCACGCACGCGACUGGCUUCCACCCUGUUCUCGAACAGCCCAUCGAAGACUGGAAACUCUGCAAAGGUCAUGUGUCCAAUGGGCGCAUCCCCGUUGAAUGUAGGAGAUGUAGCCUCGUUGGGUUUACUAUCUGGAAUUCAUUUGCCACACCAUAAUGAUGACGAUGAUGAUGAUGACGACGACGAUGAUGAUGAUGAUGAUGAUGAUGAUGAUGAUGAUGAUGAUGAUGAUGAUGCAGUAGAACUUUUCAGAUCAUUUUCUCCGCAUAAUUACCCCAGUUUUAUUUCAUUUAAUUAG